UCGGAAUCCAAAAUUAAUAAGCUCUCAGGAAAAAGAUUUUGUAGGUCACAAAUCCUCAGUUUGAGUUUUACUUUGCUCUCUAUUCUCCUGUCAUACCAACUUGACCUUUACAAAAGAUGUCGUCAGAAUUGGUUUGCUACUCUGGCCAUGAGAUUCUUCCAUUGAUUUGUUGCUUGGCUUUUGCCAUUUUGGUGACUUCCUGCUUUUCCUGCUUUUCGUUUCAAGGCACUCCCCCAAUCAAAUUGGGUAAGAGGCCUCUUGGUAAUGGUCUGUGGUCGUACCUGCUGGACUACUACCAGAGUUCCGUGGGAGUCUGGGGUUAUGAUCCCGUCCAAGGUGCCUUUGCUGCUCCCUUGCGCCUUCGUUUUCACAUGGUCGGAUGGCUGAUCCUCUGGGCGUCCCUUCUCACCGUCACCCCUUUUGACAGUAGGAAGUGUCUGUCCUCGAAGUUUCGCAUUCCAUUGAGUGUGCUGCAGAGUGGUGUGGUCAGUCUCUUUUUGUACUCUUUUUUUCAGUACAUUGUAAAUCACUUUUUGCCCCCUGUGUCGCAUCCUGGUGGAGCCUGCGAACACAAGAUCCGACGCAUUCCACAAUGGACCGACACUACCACAGAAUUACCCGCCUUUGCCACACAAAACUGGAGAUGUGCCGUGGCCGAAGAAUCUCAUGACAUCUCUGAGAAGAGAUUUGAAGGAACAACAGCAGCACUCACGGGAGAACCUUUGGGACGACAAAUGUGGACCAAUCAACCCAAAAGUAAUGGCAAAAGUGACACCACAACUGAUGACAAACAGGAAGAAUUGAUCAAAGAAAUGGCUGCUGGAGGAAGAACUGACAAACCAGGAACUUUCAAUCCGUCAAAAAAUCCAAACAGCUGUGACCAGCUCUUUCGUGCCAACCAAAUUCGAUCCUACUUGGCCAAACCCGGAAAUCAAGCUCCUGAUAACAGCACGGAAAAACAAAAAUCCGUCAAGGAAGCCCUCCACAAGGCAGCCCAUUUCUAUUCCAUGCUUCAAAUGGAUGAUGGACAUUGGGGAGGAGACUAUGCUGGACCUCAUUUCCUCAUGCCGGGAUUGAUUGUCGUUUGGUACAUUAUGGGGAAACCAACACUCAUGAUGGAUGAACAAGCACAACAACUCAUGAAACAUUACAUUCUCGUACAUCAACAAUCGGAUGGCGGAUGGGGCACACACAUUGAAUCGCCAUCCACCAUGUUUGGAACCACGCUCAUGUACGUUGCCAUGCGAUUGUUGGGAGUCCCCGAGGAUGAUUCGGCCGCCGUCGCCGGACGAAAGUUUCUCCAUGCACAAGGAGGUGCCAUCAUGACAUCGUCGUGGGCCAAAUUCUAUCUUUGUCUUUUGGGUGUCAUGGACUGGAAGGCACACAACAGUGUCCCACCCGAAAUGUGGUUGCUCCCCAACUUUACACCCUUUCAUCCCGGACGCAUGUGGUGUCAUGCCCGCAUGGUGUACUUGCCCAUGUCCUAUCUAUACUCCCGUCGCUACGUUUACACCCAAGCCAAAACCGAUCCCGUCAUUUCCAGUUUGCGCAAGGAAUUAUAUGUCGAACAGGACUAUGACACCAUUCCCUGGUCAUCCACACGUCAUUGGGUCGCACCGAUGGACAAUUAUUCUCCCAUUCCACCAUUGAUGAAAUUCAUUCAAAAUGUCUUGGCGUGCUACGAAAACUGGGCCGUCUUUCAGCCCUUUAAAAACUUUGUUCGACGAUAUGCCAAUGACUUUUGUGCGGACUACAUGGCCGUCGAAGACUUGCAAACCAACUAUAUCGAUAUCGGACCUGUCAAUAAAGUGCUCAACAUGCUAUCAGCAUUUGAGGUCGCUGACAGUGAUCUCCAGAAUCAACACGUCAUGAAUCACAUGCUUCGGGUGCAGGAUUAUCUUUGGAUUGCUGAUGAUGGCAUGAAAAUGCAAGGAUACAAUGGAAGUCAGCUCUGGGAUACUGCCUUUGCCAUGCAAGCAUACAAUGAAGCAGACUUGCUGGAUGAAUUCCCCGAGGUGUCCAAAAAGGCGUGGACCUACUUUGAAAGAAGCCAACUCUUGUGUUCCGAAGCAGCCCAAGCCUCCCCUGCCUAUAAGUACGAAAGUGCUGAACUCCGUAAGCAAUACUACCGUCACGUCUCUGAGGGGGGUUGGCCAUUCAGUACCAGUGCUCAAGGUUGGCCCAUCAGUGAUUGCACUGCCGAUGGACUCAAAGGAGUCUUGUGCUUGCUCAAGUCCAAGGCAGUACAAGAGGGGGUCAACAAGAACACCCUCAAGCCCAUUGAUGGUGAGAGGCUGGGAAAGGCAAUCAGUGUCAUUCUCUCCUACCAAAAUGAAGAUGGUGGUUGGGCAACCUACGAGAACAAUCGCGGCUUUGGCUGGUAUGAAUCCUUGAACCCAUCAGAAGCUUUUGGAGACAUUAUGAUUGACUACUCGUACGUUGAAUGCAGCAUGGCUUGCUUGACGGCUCUUUACGAGUUCCAGCAACGAUUCCCCAAGACACGCUGCAGAGAAGUCCAGCAUUCCAUGGAUAAUGGAAGAAACUUCCUUAAGAGUAUUCAACGAGAGGAUGGUUCUUGGUAUGGUUCCUGGGCCAUUUGCUUCUGCAACGGCACCUGGUUUGGCAUCGAGGGGUUGGUCAAAAGUGGAGAGCCCCUUGAUUCAGUUCCUCUACAAAAGGCUUGUCAUUUCCUUCUCAAGCAGCAGCGUCCAAACGGAGGCUGGGGAGAGGAUUUCAGUUCUUGUUUGGACAAGGACUAUGGUCAGAAUGGUAUGGACACUUAUGGUGAUGAAGGUAGCAGUGUGGUUAACACAUCUUGGGCAUUGCUUGCCUUGGCGUGUGCAGAGUGCAAGGACACAGAGGCCAUCAAGCGCGGUAUACAGUACUUGAUGAAGCGUCAGCUCCCUUGCGGAGACUGGCCCCAGGAAGGCAUUCUUGGCGUGUUCAAUCGAUCCUGUGGAAUCACCUACACAUCCUACCGCAACGUCUUCCCGAUCUGGGCAAUGGGCCGAUGCCAAUCUGUUUAUGGCAAGCAGCUAGAUGAGUAGAAAUUGAUGUGUUGCCUUUGCAGGCCGCAACCUGAGUCCCUGUAUAUAGAAUGAUUCUUCAUUCAUACUUGCGAAAGCAAG